AUGGAGGAGAAGGAGAGCAAGACCAAGAGGGAAGGGAAGCUGACGGCGGUGCUUGCCCUGGCCACGCUGAUCUCGGCCUUCGGGUCCUCCUUCCAGUACGGGUACAAUGUGGCCGCCAUCAACUCCCCUUUCCGGCUCAUGCAAGAAUUUUACAAUGAGACCUACUAUGAUCGGAACAGCGACUACCUGAGCGACUUCUCCCUGACGCUGCUGUGGUCUCUCUCUGUGUCCAUGUUCCCCUUCGGAGGCCUCGUCGGGUCCCUCAUGGUCGGCUUCCUGGUGAAUAAGCUUGGGAGGAAGGGGACCUUGCUGCUGAACAACGUCUUCUCCAUCGUGCCCGCCAUCCUGAUGGGGUCCAGCAAAGUGGCCAGCUCCUUUGAGAUCAUCAUCGUGGCCAGGUUGCUGGUGGGCAUCUGUGCGGGCCUGUCUUCCAACGUGGUCCCUAUGUACCUGGGGGAGCUGGCCCCCAAGAACCUGCGGGGGGCGCUGGGGGUGGUGCCCCAGCUCUUCAUCACCGUGGGCAUCCUCACAGCCCAGAUCCUGGGCCUCCGGAACGUCCUCGCCAACGAGAAAGGCUGGCCCAUCCUCCUGGGGGUGACCGGCAUCCCCGCGGCCGUGCAGCUCCUGCUGCUGCCCUUCUUCCCCGAGAGCCCGCGCUACCUGCUGGUCCAGAGGAAGGACCACGAGGCGGCCAGGAAGGCCCUGCGGUGGCUGCGUGGCUGGGACUUCGUGGAGGACGAGGUGGAGGAGAUCCAGCAGGAGCACGAGGCCGAGCGGGCGGCCGGCUUCAUCUCGGUGGUGAAGCUGUUCCGGAUCCGCUCCCUGCGCUGGCAGCUCAUCUCCAUCGUCGUGCUCAUGGCCGGCCAGCAGCUGUCCGGCGUGAACGCGAUCUACUACUACGCAGACAAGAUCUAUGAGAAGGCGGGGGUGGCGGAAGACAACGUCCAGUAUGUGACGGCGGGCACGGGGGCGAUCAACGUGGCGAUGACCAUUGUGGCCGUGUUCGUGGUGGAGCUUCUGGGGAGGAGAAUCCUGCUGCUCCUGGGCUUCUCCGUCUGCUUCCUGGCCUGCUGCUUGCUCACGGUCGCCCUGGUUCUGCAGGACACCGUCUCCUGGAUGCCGUACCUCAGCAUCACCUGUGUCUUCAGCUACGUCGUAGGACACGCCCUGGGGCCCAGCCCCAUCCCCGCACUCAUCAUCACCGAGAUCUUCAUGCAGUCCUCCCGCUCCUCGGCCUUCAUGGUGGGGGGCAGCGUGCACUGGAUCUGCAACUUCGCCGUGGGCUUGCUCUUCCCCUUCAUCCAGGAGGGCCUCGGGUCCUACUGCUUCAUCGUCUUCGGCGGCGUGUGCUUCCUGACCGCCAUCUUCGUCUUCUUCGUGAUCCCCGAGACCAAGGACAAGACGUUCAUGGAGAUCAACCUGGCCUUCGCCAAGAUGAACCACGUGUCCGAGGUGUGCCCCGAGGCUGGCGAGGAGCUGAAGGGGAUCCCCGCGGAGAUGGAGCUGCCGGAGCAGACGGAGCCCCCGGGCAGGAAGGAGCUGCCGGACAAGCUCACGCUGGUGUCGGAGGAGCUGCAGACGGUGGCGGACGGCCUGAGGGAGCUGCCCCAGAAGCUCAGGCUGGUGUCGGAGGACCUGAAGGCGGUCUCCGAGUCGCUGAAGGUCAUGUCGGAGGGGCUUCCCGAAGAUUCCAGGCAGCUCCCGCCCUCCACGGUGCGGCUGUGA